CUUCAGAGAAGGGAGCUUCUUUUUCAUUUCUCAUAGUCCUUGCGUGGCCGUGGACGUGGAGGCCAGUUGCUUCUGCUGCAGAAGUGAUUAGAAGUCGUGUGAAUGGAAGCCGUGUUGCUGAGGCUUUGAUCUCCUGCUUCUGACCCGUGUUUUGCGGCCGCUAGCCUGGACUCAGCCUAGGCUAGAGUCCUAGACUAGAGAUCAUUCCACGUCUGUCCUUUGUGCGAGUGGUUCUGAUCAGCAGCAACAGCAUAGUGUAGUGUGUAGACUUUUGUGGCGGAUUCCUGUCCUCAGCGCUGCCGCCGGUGUUGGGAAAGAGGCCGGCCUGUCGCUGGCGUGUGUCUGCCUGCAUUUCUUCUACUCUUCGAUCAAUGCUGAUUCAAGCCAAGGCGCUACGCGUCUCAGAGCUAGACUAGCCUAGAGUCGAGAAUAAAGGCUUUGAACUAGCCCGGCGCUGAAACGAGUGCCGCGCCGAGUGCAUCCGUCCUGCGUACCUGACCUGAAACGCGCAUUGAGGAGCAAUCGGAAGCCUAUCAAUCGGCCUUGCUCGGGAUUUCAGACUUCAGUGGCGCAGCGGAUACAACGUCCUUCAGGCUGCAGCAGAUCAGGAACUAGUAUCUGCCCGUGCGGCGCAGCUGCCUGAUCAGCUGAGUGUUUACUCAUUUUCUUCAGCUGCCCCUGCCCCUGGCCUGGUUUGUGUGAAAAACUGAGAGCGGUGAGCGGAGCUUGCGGAGGUGUGAGCCUCCUCACGCGGUACCCGUGUACUACCAAAGCAAAACUGCUGACAGGCGUGUUGACUCAGGAGUAGCCUAUUUUGACGAAAAGCGCCGCCAGUCGGAGCUCAAGUCCCGAUGAGAACCAGUUCCCGCUGCCCGGCCGGCUUAUCGAUAGCUCUUUGUCGAGAAAAUCAUGGAAUCGUUCUGGUCCACUAGCGUGAUGAAGAAGAAGAAAUUUCGCUUCGGAGUGGAGCUGAAGAUCUCAUCAGUGUAUAACUACGCAACGGGGAGUGGAACUCUGUUCGCUAAAGUUCGGCUUGAGGAACGGGCGAACGGUGACUUCGAGGCGAACACGGAAAGAGUGAAUGUGAGGAACCAUCGAGUCACAUGGGACCAGACAUUCCCCUUCACCUGCAAGAUGUAUGCUAAGCCACAGGUUGGCAUCCUGGAAGAGUGUGUCUUGCGCGUUUCUAUCAGAAAGGAAGGAAAGACUGGAAAAACAGAAAAGCUUGGCUAUGCUAGCCUCAAUCUGGCUGAGCUGGCUGGAGUUGGGCCCAAAGAGAGACGGUGCCUGCUGCAGAGCUACGAUGUCAACAAUCUCAAAGGCCAGGACAACUCCAUUCUGGUGAUAUCGCUGAAUGUCACGUUGCAGCAGGGUGAUCCAGUGUUUCUCAGGCCCGUGUCAACGUCCCCGUCUUUCAGUUCGGUUGAUCCAGAGCUGGAUGAGAGGUCGUAUGCGGGUUCAUUGAAGUCAUCUAGUGCCAGCGAACAGUCUGGCCCGUCACCCACAUCCGGCAGUGGGUCUAGCAGGCCGCCGCAACUCUUCCAGAACUUUCUCUCCCGCCGCGGCAGCAUCAUGCCUUCAAUUCUGACAAACAGCUUCAUGCGAGAUAGUAAGGGCGUGAAGGAAGCACCUGAGGUGGAAGAGAAGGAAAAAUGUGGGUUUGGAGAUGCAAUUUCAAUUGGCUCCAAUGAGCUUUCUGCUGAGCUUUUAGAUGUAGAUAAUACGCUUGUGGCUGAAGCUUCUACAGGAACUAUCCUGGCAGGAACGGAGGCUAGCUUCUGUGAAGACAGUAUGCAGCGGUGCUUGCCAUCACCAGCAGAAGCCACUCAGAGUCGCCAUUCACCAAUGGUUCGGCACGUUCCCGGGGUGACGGUGCACCCCACGUCGGUGGUUUCUCUGGACAGCGCUUUUGAGAGCACCAGCAGCAGCACGGCUCUGCAGCAUUCCAUGAACUGUGACCAUCUGUCGUUGUCCUCCUCCACCAACACGUCCUCGCUGCGUUUCUCAUCACCAGAUUUAGAUGAGUCUGUUACGGAUGAUCGGGACAGAGGGAGGCUUGCCAUGUCCGCCAAUGGCUAUCUUGCAGCCGAAGCGAGCGACGCGUUUGGUUCCGGCUCAACCAGCGCUCCGGCCACCGUGCGGCGGGGCAGAAGUAGUUUCCGCCCUGAUGCUCGUGGAAUGGACGAUGUCAAGUACAACUCUCUGGAGACCAGCAGCCGUCAAGGCAGAAUGAGAAGGUCCAGUCGACCAGGAAUUGAGAGUGCGAAUCCAAGCUUGAAGAGCUCCGGCCGCUCGUCUGUGGUGUCAAUGAAUCGUGACAGCGUGGCCAGCAUCCAGCAGACUCUAGACAGGACUCGUAUUGAUGCAUCUGAUGUGAUUGACUCCUUGCUAUCAAAGAGCUCUGGAGACUUGUCAGAAAACAAGGAAGGGAAAGCUGAUCGUUCCGGUCUCCAGCUCUAUAUCGGUUCCGAUGGCUCUACGACCGUUGGAGGUAAAACACUACACGAUCGACCUAUGUCUGCAGCGCAUUACCGUAAGGUGGUUGUCAAUCCGGACGCAUAGGGGACCGUCUCAAUAUACUAUUAUAGCAGUUGGUAAUCACCUUGGCCCACCGACUUCGCAGCAGCACUCCCGCGGGCCGGCUGUGUGCUGCACCUGUUUGCCAUUCUGAGUUACAGCUCCAAGUGAGUCGUCAUUCUUUGUCAAGUUGUCCCUUUGUACCGUGAGCAUACCAGUGUUUUUUUACUAUUGACUUGAAAAUCUUGGCUCUACUAUAUCUGAAUUCUUGAUUUGGACAAAUGCUCCUCUAUUUCCUCUCAAUUCAGUCUCUUCUAUAAACAGUUGCGAAACAUUGAUUUGAGAUAAUUGAUAUUUGAGCUAUGUCAGAAACUACGAUGGCGUUUUUAAACUCUAUAAUUAUGCUAUGUCAGCGGAAACUAUGAUGGUGUGUAAUAUACAAAGGGAUUUAUUAUUCUUUCUGCUACAUGUAGUUGCAUAUACCCGUUUUCAUCAUGAUUUCAAUAUUCCCCUCUAUGAUCAGCUUCUCGAAAUCUAUCACUGAGCGGCGUCAGAAGCCGCCGUGGCAAA